AUGGUUGCUGUUCGUAGGUCAACAAGAAUUGCUAAUUCUAAGAGGAAGCUUGAAGCAGAUGAGGCUGAAAGAGAUGUUGCUUCAAAAUCAGGGGAGGAAACCACUUCAUCGAAGAAAUUGAAGAAAGAAAAAGAUGUCAGAGUCACUAAGGUUGAUGAUAAAGAAUCUAAAGCUGAGAAUAAACCUUCUGGAAUUAAGGAAGUUGAGAUAGGUGAUGAAAUUCCAGAUUUAGAAUUAGAAAAUCAGGAUGGGGUCAAGAUAUCCCUAAGACAGCUUGCUAAAGAUAACAAUAUUUUAGUAUUUUUUGCUUAUCCAAGAGCUAUGACACCUGGAUGUACUCGUCAAGCAUGUGGGUUUAGAGAUACUUAUGAUGACUUGAAAAAACAUGCUGCGGUAUUUGGUUUAAGUGCUGAUUCAACACAUUCUCAAAAGAAAUUUCAAGACAAGUAUAGUUUACCUUAUGAUUUACUAAGUGAUCCUAAGAGAGAAUUCAUUGGAUUGCUAGGUGCCAAAAAGACACCUCAGUCUGGUAUCAUUAGAUCACACUUCAUUUUUGUUGAUGGUAAACUAAGGUUCAAGAGAAUUAAGAUUUCACCAGAAAUAAGUGUAAACGACGGUAAAAAGGAAGUUUUAGAAAUUGUCGAAGAGUUUAGUAAAUGA